CCCCGCCCGCGUCCCCGCGCCGUCUCCUCGGCCUGCGCCGCCGCCGCUCGUGGUCCGGGUCGCGCUCCUUCCGCUCCGCCGCCUGCUCGCGAGUGCUGCCCGGCAGGCCGCCAUGGCGAACGUGGCCGACACGAAGCUGUACGACAUCCUGGGCGUCCCUCCCGGCGCCAGCGAGAACGAGCUGAAGAAGGCAUACAGAAAGUUAGCCAAAGAAUACCACCCUGAUAAGAAUCCGAAUGCUGGAGACAAAUUUAAAGAAAUAAGUUUUGCAUAUGAAGUAUUGUCAAAUCCAGAGAAGCGGGAGCUAUAUGACAGAUAUGGAGAACAAGGUCUUCGGGAAGGUAGCGGUGGAGGCGGUGGCAUGGAUGAUAUUUUCUCACAUAUUUUUGGUGGAGGAUUGUUUGGCUUCAUGGGCAAUCAAAGCAGAAGUCGAAAUGGCAGAAGAAGGGGCGAGGACAUGAUGCAUCCCCUCAAAGUAUCUUUAGAAGACCUGUAUAAUGGCAAGACAACCAAACUACAACUUAGCAAGAAUGUGCUGUGUAGUGCGUGCAGUGGCCAAGGUGGAAAGUCUGGAGCUGUUCAGAAAUGCAGUGCUUGUCGGGGUCGAGGUGUGCGCAUUAUGAUCAGGCAGCUGGCUCCAGGGAUGGUGCAGCAGAUGCAGUCUGUGUGCUCCGAUUGCAAUGGAGAAGGAGAGGUCAUUAAUGAAAAAGACCGCUGUAAAAAAUGUGAAGGGAAGAAGGUGAUUAAAGAAGUCAAGAUUCUUGAAGUUCAUGUAGACAAAGGCAUGAAACAUGGACAGAGAAUUACAUUCACUGGGGAAGCAGACCAGGCCCCAGGAGUGGAACCUGGAGAUAUUGUUCUUUUGCUACAGGAAAAAGAACAUGAGGUGUUCCAGAGAGAUGGAAAUGAUUUGCAUAUGACAUAUAAGAUAGGACUUGUUGAAGCUUUAUGUGGAUUUCAGUUCACAUUUAAGCAUCUUGAUGCUCGUCAGAUUGUGGUGAAAUAUCCUCCUGGCAAAGUAAUUGAACCAGGAUGUGUUCGUGUUGUUCGAGGUGAAGGAAUGCCGCAAUAUCGUAACCCCUUUGAAAAGGGUGAUCUUUACAUAAAGUUUGAUGUGCAGUUUCCUGAAAACAACUGGAUCAACCCAGACAAGCUUUCUGAAUUAGAAGACCUCCUGCCAUCUAGACCAGAAGUUCCUAAUGUAAUUGGAGAGACAGAAGAGGUGGAGCUUCAGGAAUUUGAUAGUACUCGAGGCUCUGGAGGUGGUCAAAGGCGCGAGGCCUAUAAUGAUAGCUCUGAUGAAGAGAGCAGCAGCCAUCAUGGACCUGGAGUGCAGUGUGCCCAUCAGUAAACUGCAGGUGGCUGCACAGGUGGAUUUUCUUUCCACAUUUGCCGGAUUUGCCAGCUGCUGGAGUACCUGACGAGUCCAGAUGAACUGAUGGACGUCUGUUGAUCUAUGUGUAACUUCUAAAAUUGGUAUAGUAUCCACAGAGUGUAUAAUUUAAACUAACCACAAAGCUUUACAUCUUCCUUUGACUGUUCUGUAGCAGAGUAAAGCACUUGAAAUAAGACUCCCUUUCACAUGUGGGUUAAGUUUCAGUCCUGGUAUCUGCUUGAUUUUUAUCAGUUUUGUGUAGACUUUAUGUUUCAUAUUUUAAACUCAAAUCCAGCAUUGUAAAGUUUGUACAAUUUGUCCUAAAGCUUUGUGUUUGGCUGCACCUGCAUAAGCUGCUACAAACAGAAUAAAGAAUUCAUAGCCUGUGUCUAUCAUUUAGAUGCAUGGAAAAAUGGGCUUUGCACACAAUGGGUUUGAAGCUGACUGGGAACAGUAGAAAAAAAUUACAUUAGCCAUGGUUGUAAAGUUUUUUGGCUUUUUUUU